AUUGAUCUGCCCAUUGGCAUCUUGUAUAAUGCGUACUCUUCGAUAACACUGCACUUGCUGUACUUAGUGUUUGUAUCGUAAUGGCCUCUCUUCAAGCCACCGCAGACUCGAUUCGCGCCGCUGUGGGCUCAAUCUCGACCUGCGCACCGGUCACGGCAACACUACUCAGCGAGCUCUUACUCCCCAAGACCGGCAUUCAACAUAUUACAACUGCCUCAAGUUCGAUAAAAUCUACGAAAACCACCGCAUCGUCGAAACAUAAAUCUACAAAGCCGGCUUCGAAGUCUAGAAAUCAGAAAGUUGCAAGCGAAGACAAACUGGGGAAAGGUGAAAAUCAGUUGUCACCGAAGGAAAGGUCAAUAUUGGCCACCGAGAUUAUCAAUGCUACUCUCAAAAACCUCAGCGAUGCCAUCAGGGCACCCGUCUCCGGGCCAGUACAGGGGCAAGGCUCCUCCAAGGACGUGAUUAAAGCUUCUGCGAGGAAAGCACUUCGGCGGUCGAAUUCAUUACCUCAAUCCCCGUUACAGCCCCGGUCCCUAAACAGAGUCUCGAGCUCUCCAAGCAUAUCUAGUCGUGAGAUCAGGCCAUCUUCUUCAUCAUCAUCGUCGAUUGCCUCUUCUGAACACCGGUCCACUGCCGAAUGUGCUCGGAUCGCAUUCUCCUGCCUUCGAACAUUGCAAGCUUCCAAAAUAGCAGGCAUCGACUUCCCAGAUCUUCAACUCGAGAAUGGGAUGUCUGUGUUGAUCGGGAAGCUUGUAUCGUUAGGAUUGGAUGAUCUGGCAACCAAAGAAUUGAGGAUUUUGAAGCGCCGGCUGGAAUCAGUAGAUGGAUCAAAGAAGAGCUCUGUACCAAAGGUGUCACCCACAGCAAAUGCCCAGACCUUGCCUGAAUUGCUAGAUUUUGGGAAGACACAGUUCACAGGGGCGAGAUUAGGAUUGGUGAUCACAACUCAACUGCAGAUCCUACGACUGAUGGCCUCUUCCCGGAAGCCACAGCAUGCUGAAGCUGCUCUCCCGUUAUUAAUCACCAGUCAUCCGUCAUCCCCAACGAGAUUACUCCUCUUGGCCGCCAAGGAGUCAAAAGACCUUAAACGAGCGGAGAAGCUUAGUCGCCAGCUCCAAAACCUGUCAGAGAUACUGCUAUCCAUCACUCCUAGUGUCUCCCCAGCAGACGAUGCUCUUGCUGUCGAGGGAAGACUCAGUGUAAUACCGGAGGCCGCAGUUCAGUUGCAGACUCUGGCUUUCCAUAACCGAUUCCUUUGGUGGGGGAUUGUGGGCCAUAAGGGAAACCUGUCUAGGGAGAUAUUUGAUCCUUUCCUCCGGUGCCUUUCAUCAUUUGCUCGACGAAGUCGAAGUGAUGCACCUGAUAAAUAUCGAAUAUCCGCCUCUAUUACUGCAGACCUCAUGACUCUACUUAAUGAUUGCUCCGAUUCUCAACCACGCGGUCUCAAGUGCGUACUCGGAGGCAUCUACAAAAUCCUUGGAUCCUUUGCAAAAGAUGCAAACCUUAUCUCGGAGGCAAUUGAAUGGACCGAAGAAUACCGCAAAACUUUAGAUCCCAAGAUCGACUCAGAAGCGAAGAGAUGCUCUGCCAUUGCUCGAUUGGUAUCGCUCAAGCUUCGAAUGACAACCAUUAAUCCCAAGGACGAAGGACUACUCCUUACCCUCCUCGAAGAACUAGAACGCCCUUUCAAGGGCGAAUCCUCCGAGAUCGAUGACCUGUUGAUCGAAGCGUUUCAAGCAAGAAGAUCUGCCAUGACUGUUCUUUCUCAGUAUAAGGUUUCGUCAGGGCCGACUGCCGCCAACAAGAUGCCUGACGGUCUCCGUCAAAUGUGUGAAUCUCUAGUCUUCUUAUGCCCGCGAUUAUCAAUAAGAUAUUUAGGAAGCCCUCCGGAUGUCAACUCUGCAACGAAAGACAUCCUCCGCCAUGAGCAACGGCGAUACUUCAUCAGCAAACCAGCUCUUAAUUCAAUAGAUUCAGUAUUGUUUUUGGCGAGGACAUUUCUCGGGGAAGGCCAAAUGGCGUGGGACUUGGUCGACUCGAAGCUUCAAGAUUGCAUUUUGCUUCUUAAUCGACUUGACCUGAGCCGUGACGACGCCACUGCAUGCGAAGGACCGUCAUCGCACCACGUUAGAAUUUCGAAUCUUUAUUAUACUUUGUAUCUUGACAUGCGGCGGAGUCCUGACAGUACCAAAGACAGCCAGCAACUUCGAGUUCUACGGCGGUCCAUCGAUGCCGUUCGAGCACGGCCGUGCCAGGAGAGAAAGGAAGCUCUCUUGCCUACAAAACUUGAGCGAUUGGCAGAAUUUUGUAAGACGACAGGUCGUUAUGAUGAGCUUUCCAAGACACUAUCCAGCCUCCGAGACGAAAUAAUCAGUGAUGGCUGUCUUUCCGCCGUAGCUGAAAUGGCUUCGUUCCGGCCGAUUAAGGUGGUUUGGAAUGGAGAGGAUGCUGAGGCGGCCACGCUUGGCCGGACGAUCCAAUCUCUUCUCAGAGUACAGAUAAAGUACUCAAGCUCAGUGUCGGAAAUCUCACUCUUUCAAUCGUCAUGGUCAGAAGAGGAAAUUGGUGCGGUUCUGGAACUUCAGCUUGAUACACUAUCAAAGCAAGCAAGUGAGUCAACAACUGCUCACUGUCUUCUGUCCCAGGCUUUGCGGAAACUUCUUUCAGUAUACGACCGAGCACGAUUUCCCCUUCGACGGAUUCGAAUUCUACUACGGUUGUGGCCGUUGGACAUAGAAAACUUGGAGGAAAUUGUGCAGGAUGUGCCCACGGAACUGAGUGUUACAUCAAUGACGGGGCUUACCAUCGAAGGGACGAGGGAUGAGCGUCUGGCAGGGUAUCUUGAGCACUUGCGUGCCAUGGCAUUAACGACAACCGAGCUUCGGCAAGAAAAGCCAAGCGUUGAUGUUCUGAAAGAAAGUCUUGGAGUGUGGUCGUCCAUCAGAAAACGUUGCGAAGAGUUUGCGGCUCUGGAGCGUCAGGUGGAUGACAUCCCAGGUCUUGUCGCCCAUCUACACACCAUUGGAGACUACUUUGAGAUGAAGGGGCAUGCUACUGCUCGAGUCGCCGUUUUACGAUUGAUAGCGGAUAUCGACGAACUUUAUAGUGAUAAAUCUAGCCCGGAUGAUCUUGUUCUCGGGUUCACACGUCUUGGAGUCCAAUGGCUACAGCUUGGAUACUCCAGAAAGGCUGGACUGGCAUUGGACAGGGCAAGAAUAUACAAUCAACAGAAUGGGGUCACCGCAUUUGCGUCUCUACAGCUGCAUAUUUCGUACUCUCAAUACUUGCUGGCCAUAGGUAACCUAGACAAAAUUGAGGAUUACCUGGCGUCUGCGCAAAGUAUGUAUUCGCUAGCAAAAGACCAAUUAUCCAGACAAAGAUCAGUUUCUGGUCUUCAACAAAAGACGAAAAUGAAUCUUUUGAUAUCUGACGCCUGCCUUCUGUACUCCAUGUUGGCUAUGGAACGUGGGACCGCUUCACUUGCACUUACUCAUGCCAAGCAGUGUGUCCGGCUCCUACGGCGUGCUUGGGCAAAUACAGAAGAAGAAACGGGGAGAAAAAUCAGUUUGCCGGAUUCUUCCAGCCAGAAAGCAACAGAAAAGCUGGUCCAGGAGCUUUCACAGCUCAACUUGUCCACUACCAACAUGCAAAUGGAUGUUUCGAUUGUCCGAACGUCUAGCGGUUCAACCCUUUGGAAUCUUGUCGCUCCUCUCUUCCACGGUCUCAGGUAUCUUUCACAACUCUACGCUCAUCACGGCAUGUUUCAAGAAACACUGUAUUAUGCGCAGCAAGCCUACAAACUUUCAACGGAAGUUGGAUCGGAAACUCAUCUGGCUAUGGCCGCUGCUCAUUUGGGAUCUAUUUGGUUGAAAUCUGGAAACCUGGAGAAAGGGUCAGAAUUCCUGAUGGAGGCUCAGCAAGUCUCAACCCCAUGCGAGAAGAAUCGAGACACAGCACUCCGGAUGUAUCACUUGGGCAGUAUGCAUGGCCUCCUUGGUGAUCGAGAUGCCGAAAUUGUUGCAUAUGACCAAGCACAAGAUGUUCUUCAGUCUCUCACAACGGCGACUUAUAUCGAAUUUCUCGACAAGUUUCCGGACCAGUCCAGCGAUGUGCAUGAGCAGAUGCCCAAACUCACGGUUUCAAAACGAAGGGAGCCAGCUUCCCGAAAGGCUGUUGGACGUCCCAAGGCUGCUGGAGCAAAGGACAAAACUGUUGCCCAAGCACACUCACAAACCGAGGAGGGUCCAUUAGUAGCUGAAAAAUGCCCUCAAUUAACAUUACUGAAAGCUGUGAUCCUACGCGAUAAAGCUCGGGCACUGAUCUCCAACAUGAAGUUUGCUGAGGCACUCGAGUGUCUGAAUGAAGCUGAAGCAUUCGCCAACACUCAGAUCGAAAUUGUUGAUCAAGGCCUCGCGAGAGCGAAGCAUCUCCUGCUGCACAGCGUAGAACAGAUGAACGCAGAUCCAGUCUAUUCCGUGUUGCAAGACUCAACCAUAUCGUUCCCAUCAGUUGUAGGAUCUUCAAAAAUGGAGAAACAUGGGGAUAGACUAUCUGUUAUUAAAGUAUCUCCUCCUAGGAAGGCUCAGAUGUCGAGAAAUAACCGGGAUCGGGCGGGAUCGAAGAGCCCAGCACCUGAUAGCUUCUUUGACAAGUUGCGUCAAGCUCAAGAGCAUUUAACGGAAGUACAUUCCAUCGCUAUUGCUGUCGCUCCAAUGGCUGUCAUUUACAAAGUAUCCACUCUGCUAAACAGCGUUGCGAUUCUCCUCUCUGCCGCUGGUCAAGUCAAGGGUAAAAUUCUGGCAAAUCCUGGGUUUGCAAGUUGCUUCAUUGAAACGGCACGAACUCUUGCAUGUCGUCGGGAAUCCAAAGCCAUUCGCGUUGACUCGCACCCUACAUCGAAAUUAGAAGAAUCGUCCUGGCCUAAUGUCGGAUGUUGUGAUGCUAGAAGGUCUAGCUUAGGAUUCCAUGGCGAUACGUCUCGGUUCCAGAAGGACCAUAUCGAUAUUAUUCCCAAGUCAUGGACGGUGAUCUCAGUUUCCCUUAGCGAGAGCCAUCACGAGCUGUCAAUAACCAAAUUCCAAGCUGGGCAUAGCCCAUUUAUUUUACGCUUACCACUCGCACGACAUAAUUCAAUGGACGCAGACGAGGAAGUUUUCGGGUUCGAACAAGGUCGCUCUGAGCUCCUGGAAGUCAUCGACCUCGCAAAUGAGAGUGCUCACGAUGCCCACAGUAGAAGUGGACGAGAAGCUAGACAAGCUUGGUGGGAGCAAAGAGAAGCCUUAGACGCGCGUCUCAGAGAUCUCCUUGAAAAUAUAGAAAAGGUCUGGCUGGGAGGCUUUACCGGAAUCUUUUCCCAGCAUGCACGACGACCAGAGUUGCUUGCACGUUUCCAGAAAUCAUUUCAAAACAUCCUGGACAAGCACCUCCCAUCGAGGCAGAAGACUGGAAAGAAGACUAAUGUGCCACGCAUCACAUUGGACUCUCGGAUUUUGGACCUUUUCAUCGGACUAGGGGACGCGUCGGAUGAGGACUGUGAUUUUUCAGAGCCAUUGACUGACUUGCUCUAUUUUGUUGUGGAUGUUCUGCAGUUUCACGGAGAACUCAACGCGUAUGCAGAGAUCGACUUUGACUCCAUUGUCGUGGAGACACACGAUGCGUUGCGGUCCUACCACCAAGCUGUUCGGGGAUCUAAUCAAAUCGACGAGGGCCGCCACACUAUUCUUAUACUCGACAAAGCGCUGCACGCCUUCCCCUGGGAGUCCUUGCCUUGUAUGGAUGGUCUUGCAGUGUCGCGUUUGCCAUCCCUUGGUUGCCUGAGGGAAAGAGUAAUUAAGCAGGACCAAGAUGUGCCAAAGGAUGCUCCGGAUGGACACUACAUCAGUCAAGGAAACGGAUCCUACAUUCUCAAUCCAAGUGGUGACCUUAAACAUACACAAAGUACAUUCCAGAAAUCCCUUGAGAGUCUGAAUAGCUGGGAUGGCAUCACCAACAGAGAGCCAAGUGAGGACGAGAUCAAGACAGCAUUGACAUCGAAGGAUCUCCUCUUAUAUUUCGGCCACGGAAGUGGAGCUCAGUACAUUCGAGCUCGAGAGAUCAAGAAGCUCGACAAGUGUGCCGUCGCCAUGCUCAUGGGUUGUAGCAGUGGAGCUCUUAUCGAGACCGGCCUUUUCGAGCCAUAUGGGCCUCCCACCAACUACAUGCAUGCCGGCUGUCCUGCCUUGGUUGCAACAUUGUGGGACGUUACGGAUAAGGAUAUUGAUAGAUUUGCGAAGAGCACUUUUGAGCACUGGGGUCUUUUUGAACCAGGGACAGUGGGGAAAGGCAAGGGAAGACUGAAGGCAGAGCAAAGUGGACAAAUGUCAUUGGUGGAGGCGGUUGCCAAGGGAAGAGAGGCGUGUAACCUUCGAUACCUGAACGCUGCAUCUGUAUGUGUUUACGGCGUUCCGGUGUACUUCAGAUGAUCGUUGGAGAGUCAGUUUUGGAUGAUGGUAGGAUUAGAUGAUCAUUUAUUAAUUAGAAAGGUUAAGGAUAGAGUUGAGCUCUUAAAGGCGAGGGGCCUUGGGGUGUAAAUAUUGAUGCCACUUGCCAAUGCUUGCUUGCCCAAACCAAAAGGACCAAAAAGAAGGCUACACC